GUAAAAAGGAGAAAAAAAGCAGUGCACUCCAAACAGAGUGGGGCUCUAGAGAGAGAAAAUCCAAAGAAAAAAACACACAGUGAUCACAUUUCUUUAUGCAAUCCUCGAUGUUUUUGCAGCAAUUUUAUUUAUAAAUUACUCUCCUUGAGAUUUGCGUUCUUCAGUCUCCAAAAAAACUUUUUUUUUUACCUAUUUUCCGUCUCCAUUUUCACCAUUUGUCGUCUUCUUCGUAGCAAAAAUCUGUCCAUAGAUUCCUGAUCCUCUCUCUGAUUUUCAUAGGGUUUUCAUUUCUUCUAUUUAUACCUUCUUUCUCAUCCUCGUUUCACUCUUUUCCACUCGGCUGCAAAAAGUUAUCCGGUGGGGGGUUUUAGAGAGAGAAAGUCCGGUUUUAGAGAGAGAGAGAAAACGGAGAAGACGACCGGGUUUUAUGUCGGCUGUGAUUAGAGCUCCAUUGAAGCUUUGUUUCCCAGUUAUUCUGUUCAUCUGUUCUUCUCUCUGCUGGUGUUCUCAGCAGGGUUUUCUCCUCUGUUCUCCGACCGUUUCGAUGCGUUUGAGGCCAAAGAGGACUUGCUCUGGAGUCGAGUGUUUUGGGGGGUUUCACAUAAACAGAUUAUUUGAUUUGUUCUUGUUCUUCAGAGGGCCUUAAACAUAAACCGUACACAUUUUUGGUUUAUUUUUGGCUGAUUUUUGUUUACAAGUUUACGUUUGAAGCUGUUACAGCCGGUAGAGUUUUUCACGUUUUUUAUAUAGCUAUGAGUGAGUUAAACAGAUCCAUUAGGAAGAUUCGGGUCAUCUGCUAUGACCCGGAUUUGACUGAUUCGUCUGAUGAUGAACAACCCGAGAAAAAACCAUUCGGGUCGAAGCGGAUUGUGCGAGAAAUCAAGAUUCCGGUUGGGUGUACGGAGACGGUGACGGUAACGGCGUCUAAACAAACGGAGACUGAGAGUUCUUAUCAAGAUAGCAAUAACGGGGAGAAAAGUUGUGUGAAAAGAAAGAGGGUGGUGAACAAAAGUUCGGGUCAAACCCGACCGGUAUCGGGUUCGAAGUUUAGAGGUGUUCGGCAGCGUAAAUGGGGGAAAUGGGCCGCCGAGAUCCGUGACCCGUUUAAGCAAAGACGGGUCUGGUUGGGGACUUACAAUACUGCUGAAGAAGCAUCAAGGGCUUAUGAAGAUAAGAGGCUUGAGUUUGAGGCCUUUGCUGAAGCUUCAAAGGGCGGGUCGAGUAAUGUCAAAACCGCGGGCGCGGGUGCGGUUUCGCAGCCUCCGAAACCGGCGGUUUCGGAGGAAUCUGUUGGUGUGAUUUCCCACACUUUCCCUGUAACUGAACCCGAACCCGAACCCGAAACAUCAUCUAUUUCGAAAAAAACUACCGGUUCGACCUCGGUUUCUCAAUCGAGCCGAGCAGAAAGCAAAACCGAAUCGGCUUGUGUAGCGGUCGAAGAAGCGUUGACCUUAGCGGAGAUUGGCGAAGGGUUGGACUUGAAACUGGAGCUCGAUACCGUGUUUUUCGACGGUUUCGCCUCUCCGCUCGACGGAUUUGGCGAUCUCGACGAUUUUCAACUGUGGGGGUUUGAUGACAACGAAGCGUGCGAGCUGCCCGAUUGGGAUUUUGACGAGCUUAACCACGAAGAACUCGCUUGGAUGAAUACGAUGCGUGUCGAAGAGCAGCCGCUUAACAUCGCGUGCCUAUGAAGAUUUUUGCAACAGUUACAAUGUGUUUCAAGGGUUUUAGAUUCUAAAACCACUUGAAAAACAAGAAGAAGAAUGGUUUUGUUUAAUUUUAAAAGUCUUUUUUUAUAAUGUUGAAGAGUUUCCUUUGGGUUUUCUUGAGCUAUUAGAGCCGUCCAAAGGGUUGUUACGAGUUGUUUUAGGUGGUAUUUUCAUGUGUUCUAGCAAAUGUACAAGUUUUGAUGCGUGAGGUAUAUGUCAUGGUAAAUGCGUGUACCGAACAUGUUAUGUUGUCCCAGACAUUGUGAAAUCCUAUGAUGGCAUGCGUUUAUGGUUGAAGUUAAAAUA